AUGGACUUUCAAUUGGAUGUAUAUCUACAGCAAUUUUGGAAGGAUCCUAGACUGGCUCAUAACGAAAAAAGUCGAAUUCUUAUUCGUGACCGAGCAAUUCUCAAUCGGAUUUGGCACCCAGAUGUUUAUUUUGCAAAUGCACGUAUCGCUCAAUUUCACGAGGUUACACAACCCAAUUUUUUACUUUGGAUUGAUCCAGAUGGAUCAAUUCUUUACGAUACCCGUGUUUCUAUGGUUGUAAUAUGUGCUAUGAACCUGAAGAAUUUCCCCUUAGAUUCACAGUGGUGUCAUCUACGAAUUCUUAGCUGUUUGUUAUACUUAAUUUCUAAAAAUCAAAUAAUUUCCAAUCUAGACGCAUAUGACAUUCAUCAUUUAAAAAUCGAAUGGGUUGAUCAGGAACCUAUUACCAAAAAUGUGAAUAUAACUAUGAGUGAUAUGGAUAUCGUUAAACUUGUCCCAGGAACUUGUGAUGGAAAUUAUAGUACAGGUGUUUGGAGCUGCGUUACUGCAGAAUUUUUUGUGUCACGAGAAUUAACUCAUCAUAUCUUACAAACAUAUGUGCCAACAACAUUAAUUGUUAUAAAAAUAAAAAUUUUUUGGGCUGUACCAGCGCGUGUAUCAUUGGCAAUCACCACCCUUUUAACACUCUCUACUCAGGCUAAUUCAGUCAAGAAUUCCUUACCUGAAGUCAGCUACAUGAAAAGCUUGGAUUUAUUUUUAGCCGUCAGUGUAUUAUUUGUUUUUGGUGUCCUAAUAGAAUUUACUAUCGUAAACUACACUCAGCGAAAUGGUGAUUUUUUUAGUUUUUUGAGAGGCUACAAAGAAAGAUUAUGUAGGAUGUGGUUUUUGAAAAAUAAUCGGAUAACGGUAUCAGGCUUACAAAAGGAAAAAGAGGCCCUAUAA